AAGGCGGUCUUUCAAUUGCAAAAAAGGGAAAAUCAGUGUACAUAAACGAAAACGACCGUCCAAUGUAAAUGGGCAUAGCGUUAUAGGUACCUCAAGCUGUUCUCCUGUGCAGAUGCAGGAAUUCAUUAGUUGAAAAACCUACGAAGCAGCAAUGCGUGAGAUUUUAAGUCGAGCUAGGUGGAUUCACCUAAACGGUGUGUGAGGAAAGGAGAGAAGAAGAAGAGGGAACCAGUGGGAAGGGGGCGGGGGUGUAUGGACCUCACUGGUUGCGGGACCUAUAAGCACCCCGAUCGCGCUGUUGUUAUUUUUAGAGGUAAAGGACAAAAGAAAGAUUUUUUUAGAGGAACGGCCCCUUAUUCCAAGGAGUGAGACGGGGCCCCCGACUUCGCCGCCGCUGGUCGGGGCUGUCAAGACGAUCGAAGGAGAGGGGAAAGCGGCGGAGCAGUCGACUCAAGUCCGGGGUUUCCUGCUACAGUCGCGGGAAUCACACAAAACACCCUUUCACUUCUCGUGGGGCCUUCGGCGUUCUCAGAUGUUGUCAUCCCGUAUUGCAGAAAAGGAAGACGUGAAAUGAGAUGAGAGAAAGGAAGACCUGAAAUAUGAUCACAAAGAAAAGCCUUACUCUCAGAUGGCACCAUGCAACAAGGAACGAGGCCAAAUGACCUUCAAAUGAAUGGAAAGUGCACAAGCAAACAGUGUGGAACAUGUGAAACAACCUGAUGGUCUUACCAUACAACUGAGAAUAAACAAAAAGGGAAAAACAAAACAAUUGGAGUUGAGAACACAAAGAGGACUUCUGGGGACCAAAGAGUUUUUCAAAACGUCACCUGAAGACAUUGUAUUUCACCAUAUUUGGGAGGAAGGAAAUAGAAUCUGUGGAAAUAUCUUGGCAUCAACAUCAAUGAACAUGUGAAAUAGCCCGUGGAUUUUUUUCUAGUGCAAUGGAAGUACAAGUUGUAGUAUUUGACAGCUGGACUGCUAUAUGUAAGCCCACAGAGCUACCGGACAACAGUGUUUGUGAGCAAUUUGAGAGAACGGACGAUUUGCAGUGAUUGCUGUCUCACUUGUGUCCGCUCCCUUGCGAGCAUUUUUAGUAUAACCACAUUGAUUUUUUUUCUUUUUUUCCAUUUUUGAUGGGACAGUGUAAUUUAGUGUGUGCAUCGGACUCAAAGAAUUGGUGUAUCUUGAAAUUUCACUCACCAAAAACGUUAUUUGUGCCAAACAUCAACAACUGCAUAGAAAUAAUAGCAACAUCUGCUAAGUGUUUUGAAUGUAACUGCUGCUACACUUCACACCACCACACUCUCGGUUGCUGUUUGUGGAAAUUUGAACUCAAUGCUUCAACUUUUCAAUUAUUUAUUAGUCCUCCUCCUAAGAGACCACAUAUUUACCUGCAGACUGAAAAUUCAACCUCUUUUUUGUCAUUGCAUCACUAGCUGUGGAAUAUCUCACUGGAAUUGUUUGUUUUUUAAAUAAUAACUGCCAGUCUGUUCCCGCCUCAUAAAUUGCUGUGUCAGCACCCCCUGGCUGUGACCAACUUGUGUUGAUAUUUUUACAACCAGCCAGGAACUUCAUACACUUAAGCACUUAAUUUUCAGUGAUAAAUUCCGUAUUCAAAUACAGACAAGUCAACUGAGCCAGCUGUUGCUCCUGGAACAUUUCACAAGGUGUCCUUUCACAAAUAUCAGAUCAAUACGCCUGAAGUUUUUCAUAAAAAAACCCUCCAAACCAGUCUAAAGAAAAUGCAAAACUUUCCCAACAGCCCAGCCUCUCUCCACCCAGGCUUCGCCAACAGGAGUGGGAGUAUGAUGAGCUCUCCAUAUCCCCCACACUCAGGGGAACCUCAGAUAUCCCCCAGAUCAAUAGAGGAGUACGCCGCCAUGCAACAACAAGCCCAGGCAAACCCUCAAGGUCACAGUCAAGGUCACAUGCUCCACCGCGGACAACAGCACCCCGGCCAUGCUGCUCACCUCCAGGGCUAUGGCUCGAGGAACAGGGCGACCGGGGAGGUACCACAAAGUAGCCCCCACGGCGGGGCCAGUAGCAACCCGUACCGGAAGGACAUGGAGUAUUAUUUCGCAGCAGGUGGCAGAGACAGAAGCAGACGAGGGGGCAUGGGCUAUGGGACAGCCUUUGGGUACUCAAACAUGGAUGGGCACAUACCCCACCAGUACAGACACGGCGUGGGGUCGGGCUCAGCCUCGGGAAUGAUGUCACCAUACCCUCUAGACUUUGCGUCCCCCGCAGCCUCUGGAGGUGGUGUUGGCGGCGGCAGCGGUACGGGAUCUUUCUCCCCUUCUCAGCAGUACAACAUGGGCCAAGGCCCCUCCAUGCAGUCGGUGGCAGUGUCACCAAUGUCCCAGCGGCAGCACAGCCAGAAAUACCCUUCACACCAAGCAGCACUACACCAAGGGCAGCCCCAUAGGUCUUACCCUCUGCACAGUCAUAGAAUGCCCCCUCAGUUUUCACACUACCCAUCGGGGUCCGCUGGAAUGUAUAACUCCCCGCCACACCGAUACGAUGGCAGUGGUGCAGUCGACGCGGUUAAAGUAAACAGCUCACCAACCCACUCCAACCCCCCUUCCUCUAACAGCACAGGCCCACCUGAGAGCAUGGGUCAGCCCUAUCCAGCUGGCCACCCCCAGUAUUCCCCACAGUCCCAUUCCCUGCACAAGCAUGCUGGCUCUGGGCAGCGCAACUCCCAACACAGUAUGGCAGCCGGCUAUGAUGCUGUGAAAAUGCAGCCUCAUGCAGGUCAAGCAGGCCAUCCAUAUUCAAAGCAUUCCCAGCCCCCCGGUCCGUCGCCAAGCCCCGCCAUGCCACACCACACCCCUCAGGAGGUCUCGAAAUCGCCCAUGAACUCCCAACCCCAACCAGCUCAAAUGCAGCAAAACUUUAGCCCCAUAUCUAACCCCUCGCCGGCUGCUUCGGCAGUGCAGUCUCCCAGCUGUAGCUCGUCCUCUUCGCCCCUCAUGGGCGUCUCUGAAGGCUCUGCACACCCCUCUGCGCCCCCUGUACAGCCACCGCCCCAAAGCUCCCUGUCACACCCUCGCAGCAGCCAUGGUCAUGGAAGGUUACUGCAGACCGUGCCUCAACUUAGUCCGACCGCCCACUCCAACAGCAGCAUAAGUAGCUGUGGGAGUAGCAUUGGUGGCAAAGCUGGCCACCCUACUGUGGGUGUGGGCCGACAUGGACUUACAAACAAGGGAUCAGCAGCAAGGGAGGACGGGCCUUCCUCUCUCUACCAGUCUUGUCCCCAGGAAAAAGUCAUGGCAGAUCCUGGCCUUAACAGCUUGAAUGCUCUGACAUCUCAAGUGGCUAACCUACCGAAUACAGUCCAACACAUGAUGCUCACUGACUCUCUACUAGCUCACAGAAAAGGCAAAGAUGGCGGACAACACCCGCUUGCGCAACCGUCAUCACAAGUUGUGCCCUCCCCUCAUUCAAAGGGCCACGGUGCCACAGGUGGUGAUGGUGGUUGCUCUGAUAGGAUGGGUGCUGAAGACCUCUCCACUAAGCCUGAAAGAGCUCCAGAGGCCAAAGAGGAACAGGCGGAGCACUUUUCUGAUGGUGAGGCCAAGAGAAUGCGGCAAAUGAGUGGCACCAGCAACGAGUCGGAAGCAAACAGCUACUAUUCUCUGUCAAAAUCCCAUGGAGAACAGACCAAUGUUCAACUACAGAGUCCCUCAGACCAAAGUUGCCGUAGGUUGCCACUUCGUGUUGACACUGAAGUGUCUAAGAAGCAGUCGUCCGCUCAGUAUUCAAGUGUUGGUGGAGUUCAUACUAAAACACCAGAUGCCCAGACUCCCUCCUCAUCAUCACCACCAUCUGUCCCCCCCUCUGCACAGCCUAGUCCCAAUCUGCCCCCUUGCCUCCCCCCGUCCUCCAUUGCCUCAUCAGCCACUCCCUCCCCAGCUCAUUCCUCACUAUCCAAUUGUUACUUUGAGAGUGACGCUGCAAAUGCAGACACUAAAAAUGGAGUGAGAGAAAGGGAACCCACUGAAAUCAAAAUGGAAAGACCUAGUAAAACUGAAAUUGAUGAAGUGAACAGAAAAUGGGAGAGUGUCACUCAUAGAGGGGAUCUUGGAGUCAUGACUGAAGGAGAGGCGUCAAAGAUGAUGCAGACCAUAGAUAAUUGCAAAGUGGAGAUGUUAAGCCCCAAACAAAAUGAGAACAAGGAUGGAAGGUCAGACAAGGGGCAAAACUUUUUACCUGAUAGAUCUUUAAAUGCUGCUGAGCCACAACAUGGAGGAGUUGGUGUAAUUGUGUCAACACGCCCCGACUCUAACCCCUCUGAGAUGACUAAGCAUCCUGACAAUACCCCUUUGUCUCCUCAAUAUGGUGGCCCUCUACUCUCAAAUCAGCAACAUUUUCAAGAUGAAAGAAAGUUCCUCAGAGAUUCCCGGAGCCAUAAUGGUGAUGGUGACGGUCCUGUAAACCAAUUCCCUGGACAAUAUGAUGCAUCCUCCAAACCAGAAUUUGGGCAAAUGCCACCACACCUGGCUUACAAGUUUGGAAAUCAUGAUGCAUCCUAUAACACUUGCAUGAGCAUGAAAAACAGAGGGAGAAUGACCCCAACACCAGGGAUGGCGGCAAACCCAAGAUUCCCAGGAUACAACCAGCCACAGCCCCCUUUCGGCUCUUUGCCCAGAAAGAAUCCUGGAAUCAUGGGUUUGGAUGCACAGGUGAGAAGAGCAAUGGGAAUUGGACCAAGACCUGAACACAACAAUUCUGCUAUGCAGCAACCGUAUCCAAGUUUAUUGCAAGAGGUCCUUCAAGGCUAUCACCUAGACCGACGCUAUGGGCGUCCUGAACAAGCGAGCGCCCAUCUGCAGUCUCCAAACAUGGCUCAACACGCCUACCAAGCCAGACAUCCCUAUGGUAUGAUUGAAGGCAUGAAACCCCAUGGAGUCAGUUCUCCAGCCAUGAUGGGUGGAGUAAACAUGCUUCACGCUGAGAUGACUCCAGGUAAGCCUCAUCCUCUAAAUCAAGCCCAGGCGUCUGGGAAUGAAAUGGGACAAGCAAUGCCCCAACCUUCAUGGGACCCUGAGGUGCAGAGAUUGAAGGGACCUCAUGGUGUACCAGCAGAUAAAAGCAGAGUAGGUGCAUCUCCAAAUCAGUCAUCCCAUAUGCAGCAGCCCACAGACUUGACUGCCGGUACUCCACCAAAGCACAUCAACUUAGCUGACUACUCCUUGCCACAGAGGAAAUCGUCCUGCUUGACCAGUCCUCCUUCUGCUGUGCAACAGCUUCUAUUGCAGGAUGUUGAGCCGCUGGGUGGCCGUACCACCCCUAGCAGUCAAACACAAUUGUCAACCACCUCUCUCUUGUCACCAACCUCAGAGCGGCGGUCAGUUAUCUGUGAUGUGUCUCCUUCUCGAAGAACGCCUGAUCAAGAACUGGGACAAUUUGGAUCACCUGCAGCUUCAGUUAUCCAACAAACAUUUUCCUCCCCACCACCACCUGAGCAAGAUAGGAAAGACCAGCCGGGAGAAAAGGCUGAGGUCAAAACUGAGCCUCUGACCUCCUCCGAGGCUUCAAGUCAAUGUGGAGAAGAUCUGUCAACUGAUGCUAUCAAGAAAAAGGGCAAAUGUACAGUCUCGUUAGUAGAUAUACAUUCCAACCAUCAAAGGACCACUGGCGGGAGUAUUGACCUUUCCGCCACUGCUCAACACCAUCCACAUCGAAUUCCUCAUCAUUCCGUCCAGAACCCUCUAAUGUCCCCUCAAAGACAGCAGACCUGCUCCCAAGGACUUGAUGUUACUGGUAGUCCUGCUUCUGCAUAUGCUGGUUAUCCAUAUGGGGAUGUGAGGGAAGGAAAUCCAGAUAUGUCUAGAAUGCAUAAUCCUGCCUACCACGGUUAUGGCAUGACAUCGUCCCAGUCCCAGCUUGGUAACAAACCUGAAGGGUACUCUCAUCCUCUUUCCCACCACCAUGCACAUGAUGCUAACACUAAAAUUGACUGGCGAACCAAUCCCAACAGACCCACGGAAAUGAUGAUGCCCAACUCUGCUUCUGAAAUCAAUGCUCCUCAAAGCCAACCUGAACAGAAACUAAUGUCCCCAACUGAUGGCCUGACCAACUCAGCUCAGUUACCAAGGCAACAGCCACCAUAUCCGGGAGCCUUCUAUGACAUGAAAAUGUGGGAAGCCUUUGCCUCACGAGAGAGUGGUGGAGGCAUGUUGGAGGGAGAUCCCUCCACAAGAGUCCAACAGCCAGCUUCUGCUGCAGUUCCUGAGCCAGUUCCUCCCCAAUCUGCCCCAGGCCCCGCCCACCCUGAGGUCGAAAGCCCACGGGUGGCAGUAGAGGACCCUGCAAAGCCUCCUCAUUUGGUAGCUGCUCCCAAUUCAGUCAGUAAUGCUGCCAGUAAUGCAAGCAGCACUGCUGGAAACCAAGGUACUCCCCAGGUCCGUCAGUUCAGAACAGGGUCUGGGGAACCAAAUCCAUUAAUGAUGAGGAGGAGAGUGCGCUCCUUUAUUUCUCCCAUACCUGCUAAAAGGUUGCACCAGGAUGGUACUCAAAAGGCGGGGCCUAGUUCUUAUCAAUCUCCAGUGUCCCACUCUGAUCCUAGAUACCAAAAUGACAGCGAUGCAGAUCUGUCCCGCUCCAGAUUGCCCUCUCCAUCACCCAAUUCCCAGUCACCACCAGCACAGGGUAAAACAAAGGUAUUACCUCAAAGGAAGGGAAGGGGUCUAAAGUUAGAGGCCAUUGUUCAAAAAAUAACACCAGGUGGCAAAAAAGGUGGCGAUUACAACAGCCAUGGAGACUCUGACUCAAAUUACCCAGACAAUGAAGGACCACCCUACAUUUCGGAUGAUCCAGAUAUUGGGGCACGUUUUGCAAGUCCUUACCUCGGAGAUGGGCAGUCUUUGGAUGACGUCUUAACAUACAGAGGACUAGAUGACACUGGGCCUCCACCCAUUACUGCAUAUGAUUCCAUCAAAGAAAGCUCUACAGGUAGCUCUAUUGGAGGUGCUCUUAGAGGGUUGCAGUCAGAUUUCGACUUUGGAUUAGGCACAUCAGCAACCCCAGGAUCUCUUGUGGGAGAAGGUGAUAAGGAUGACCUUAGGAUGGCAUCAGAAUUCACCUUGCUGGGGCCUUUGCCCCCUGCACCACCUUGUCCUCGUCCAGUCCAAGGUUCUCCACCUCCAUCUUCUUCAGCCCUGUCAGAUAUUCAACAAUUUACAAGCACCUACCAGCAAUUGGAGACCCGAAGGGGUGAGCAGUCUGCUGCCAACCUUCUGAGACAAAAGCUGCAGGAGUCAGGGAUGGGUUUUGAUGAUUAUUCCAGCAGUGACUACUAUGGAACCUCCCCCGCACACGGUCAAGGCCAUCAUGCAUUAUCCAGGUCACAGGUUUCCUCUCCAAGAAGCGGAAUGUCAAUGUCUGACACAAAACCAUCUGAUAACUCUGUGCCAAAGGGGUACUUUCCUUCUGGCAAGAAAAAGGGAAGGCCUGUUGGGAGUGUGAACAAACAAAAACGUGCCCAACAAAACCAGCAGCAGGCUGGGGUGCCAGGUUCUGCUGUGGCAGGCCAGUUAUCCCCUGCCGUGGCCUCAGCAGUAGCCCAGGCUGCCCCUUCCGCCAUCACCAAGACAGAGGUAUCCGCUUGUCCCAUAACAAUGACCGAAAUCCAAAUACCGUCAACUUCAACUCAGCCCAUUCAGCCUGCUGUUGUAAAGGUGGAUGUAGAGGGGGAGGAGGCACCAUUAGAAGUUGCUGCGAAGCCUGGUAGACACAGGCAAAGGAAGGGAAAAGAUGACAGCGAGGACGGAGCAGUCAGCUGCAGGCAGCGGAGGAGACGUAGAGCAGUGCCAAUAACUUCAAAGGAGGAGCCGGACACAGCUAGCAUUGGAGCAACUGUUGGUGGCCUUUUUCCUGAUAAGCAAAACAAUGGCUUUUUCCCAUACAUACACGUGGAAAGGAAAAUUAUUGAGCUAGGAGCUGUAUGCACUAUUGUCAAUGCAGAGGAGGAGAACGUGAAAUCUGGGAAAGGUGGUAGCACGGAUACUCUCAAAAACCUUGCUCAGAUGGCCAGACGAGACAAAGGCACGGCGAACGUGAGAGAAAGCAGAGUCUGUGAGCAGGAUGAAUCUGGAAAAGCUCUGCCCUCCUCUGAAUAUGUCCUGCCAGGACCCGUGGUCUCGGAAACCCCACACACUGGCCGUCUGCUGUGUUGCCUGUGCCAGAAGUGGGCCAAUUACAGGCACCUUGGUGAUUUAUUUGGACCAUUCUAUCCCUCCGACUAUGCGUCUAAACUUCCUAAGAAUCAUCCUCAGAUUAAACAGGUACUGUCUCAACCUGGAACCAGUGCAAUGGGAGGAAACAUGAUGUCCAAUUCAGCAGAAUCAACAUCCAGUGACACACAGACACUAGACACUUCCAACGUCUCCAUCCUAAAAUCCUCAACAGACAGCGAUUGUACGGUCUAUCACGCCACCUACCCAACAUCUCCUGCCACCACAGUGGGUACUGCGUCCCCUGCCGCUUUUGAGGAGAUGCCUCCCUCCCUUUACUACAGAACUGCCAGUGCCACCAUCAACAGGAAGGUGCACGACUGGGAACUGACCCAGGAGUCAUCCACUGCUGUAGCAGAACUGCAGAAACCGCCGGUGCUGCAGAACGAGGUCACAGGUGACCCGAAGCCACCGAGCCAACACCAGCCGCCGGAUGAGACCCAGCAGUGGCCACAACACCGGAAACUCACUUCCCACCCGCGAUUCAAACGACGGCACAAAUCUGGAGAGAACCUGCCCAGAACAAUUCCCAGCAACAACAAGGCCUCGUUACCAUUCCAGCCCCCACCGCCAAGUCUGGACUCUCUCGGCCCUUUGGCUCAGCUCGCUCAACUCCCCCAGAUGCCCCUGGAUCCAGAGGAGCUGUGGGUGCAUGAAGGAUGCAUCACCUGGGCCAGUGGGGUGUUUCUGGUCAAUGGAAAACUGUACGGCUUGCAGGAAACCCUAGACGGUGCAAGAGAAACGAAUUGUUCUCAUUGUGAAAUGGUUGGUGCAACUCUUGGUUGCCAUAGCAAAGGCUGCACGCUGAGAUAUCACUACAUUUGUGGCAUAGAAGCAGACUGUUCUAUGAAUGAAGAAAACUUUUCACUGAGGUGUCCAAAGCACAAGUUCUCCCAGAGCAGUAGGCCAACUAAAUCCAUUUAUCUGGAGCAAUCCGAGAGAGGCUGAACUUCAGAGCGGACAGACCGAAUUGGAAGGGUUGGACAUGCCAGUGGUGAUGGGGAAGGACUGUACUCUUUUGUACAUGGAUUUGAAGUGGAUGGAGACUGCAUUAAAAGAAUGUAAAAAAGACACACACUACAACUCAAUAAUGGAGUACCAAUGACUUUUAAAAAGAUGAUGUUACCAAGUGACAAAAAAAGAAAAUAAGCAUUUCACAAUACCUGUUGAUAACCUAAAAAGGAACACAAUGAACGAUGGGCAACACGCAGGAGGACUGUCGAAAA